AUGAACCCCGGCGAGAGCCGUGCCCUCCAUCCGGAUGGCGAGCUGUUCCUCAACUCUGGCAGACAAGAGGAAGCGCCCGUUGUCGAGCCGCUGCGCAUCAACAAGAGAGAGUCAGCAUCUCCGUCCAGUCCACCACCCGCUCCUUUGCCCUAUCCCGAUGACCGUCCCCGUCCCCAGAUGCGUACCUCCAGUUCCAACGAUGGGCGUCCCACGGAUAGCAAUCGAUAUGGUUCGCCGCCGCCGGCUGGUUCCGGUUCCGUAAGCCCCGCUGCUUAUCCCCCAGCUUUGCGACCCCGCGAUGGUCGCGAGCCUCGAAUCGCUACAUUAGCUGAGAGACGAGGCACUGCUCCGAAGCCGUUGCCAGAAUCGCCGGGUCCCGAUGCGCCAGACCGGGAAGCUUUAGCGGCCAGGCCGUAUCCCCGUCCGCCCGUGGCCUCGGCUCCUAAACAGGAUAAUCAACAAUAUGAUUAUCGUCAACAAUACUAUCCGCCUCCCCAGAGUUCGGCAUCCCGGCCCUCUUCAAGUCUACAACCCCCACAGAAUAGCUCAAUUAAUCGAAUCAGCUCCACUGCAUCCACUUCUACAACUCGAGCUCAACGUGGAUCUCCUCCACCGCCAGAAACACCUAUCGUGGGCCCUGGUCAACAGCCAGGUUCUGAUAUCGAGGCCCGUUAUGUUGCGGCUGGGAUCGCAGGCACGGGGACACUUGCUGGCCUUCAGUCGCAGAGUGUCGCCGCGCAAAUGCGCGCUGGACAGUAUACAGGGCAGCAAGCAACCUAUCAACAGCCACAACAAGAGUCCCAACGGCCGUGGACUCCCACUGAGCAACCGGGCAGCCAGCCUCAUGGCCCGCCCACUGUCUACCAGGGCGCGGAAGUUGUCAGUGGUGAGCAACCAGCUACGCAGCACCUAGGACAGUAUAGCAGCCCUCCACCACAAGCCCAGCAGGCUACAGUUGCUCCAGAGCAGCAAUCGCCGUCGAGAGUCCCGGCCAAUGCGCUACAGCAGGACAUGGAUCGGAUGCGCCUCAGCUCGUCUCCACCUCCUGCCUACUCGAGUGUCUCAGGGCCCGGCGCACCAAAUGGGUACCCAAAUGAAAAACCGGGUGGCGCCGUUGCUGGGGCGGCAGCAGCAGCAGCUGCUGCUGUUGGGGCACAUCCAGCAACAGUAAACCAGCCGCACCCUGCUGAUGCUGCGGUAGCCGAUUCUACUGCCACUUCUGCUUCUCCAGCAUCAUCAGCCCCGGCACUCGAUCAUCCGGCUUUUGCAAACGACCCACGACAGCAACAGCAUAUGGGACAAUCGCCGCAGCAUUCUGUGGCCAAUGGCCAGCCUACCUAUCAGCAGGCAGCGCAAGUCACUUCUCCAGGGCCUUCUGGACCUCCUCCAGCAUCACCUCCGCCUCUUCCAGAGGGUUGGAUUGCUCAUAUGGAUCCCAGCUCGGGGCAGUAUUACUAUAUUCACCUGCCUACUCAGUCAACCCAGUGGGAGUUUCCUAAAGGCCCCACGCCACUGAACCUCAAUGACACCCCCAUGUCUCCGGUCGGCAGCGUUUACAGCAGCCAUCCUCUGGUAUCACCGGGACUCUCCGCAUUUGGCAAACCGAUGGCAUCUCCAGGUGUGCCGCUAACCCCAGGAUUUGAGAGCCUUCAUUCUCCUAUGACUGCAGGUUUCUCGGGACCGCCCCCAAGUAGCGGUAUGGAUCUAUACAAGACAGCCCCCACAAACGGCGUCUACUUCGGCCCUUAUUUGAGGUACACUAACAUGGACCUUGAACGUGGACUUUGGUUGGGCUCUAUUCUUUUGGUGACCGACGCCGCCCAACCGCCCACAAUCCAUAUCCAUCAGAGUGUUGAUCUGUCCCCCAACCCGAGACAAUUGAAGGGGAUCAAUAUUGCCGCCCAUCAACGGUGGACCUUCUACAAGUACGAAGUUGAUCUACAGAUGGACGACGCAGGCCCUGCCAAAUGGACCUAUGCCAUUACUUCGCAUCUUGGCUGCACCCGCUACGAGUUCCUGGUCGCCGGACGACACGAGACCAACUGGCGGUUCAUUGCAGUAUCAGGGAAUGAUUUUUCACUCAACGUCAAUGCCAAUGAGCGGUCUCGCCUGGGCGGCGUGGGCUUCAUGUGGAAGGAUAUCAUGCAAAAGCACAACGAGAUUGGAGGGUUCCACACCCAGUUAUGUCUGGGUGGACAGAUCUACGCAGAUCGGAUGUGGAAAGAAAUUCCCUCUUUGAAACAAUGGCUCUGCAUCCGUGGGAAAGAAGCUAGGAAGAAUGCACCCUGGACAGCUGCGAAUCAGCAGGAUGUGUCCUAUGCCUAUUUCCACUACUAUACCAGUCACUUUGACCAGCCGCACUUGAGAGAAUCUUUUGCACAGAUCCCUUAUAUCUGUCAAAUUGAUGACCACGAUAUUUUUGAUGGCUUCGGCUCCUACCCCGAACACAUGCAGUUCUCGAACAUGUUCAAAAACAUCGGACGUAUUGGCAUUGAGAUGUACCUCCUCUUCCAGCACCAUACCACUCUUGAUAUCCUUCGCAAUGUCAACAAUGACAUGGACCUCUUCACGAUUACUGGCACGGGCUGGCACUUUGUCAAGUAUCUCGGCCCCGGUGUCGUGGUCGUCGGCCCUGAUUGUCGUUCGGAGCGCAAUCCUCAUCAAGUGAUGGCUGGUCCCACAUAUCAGGGUCUCUUCCCGAAGAUUGCAAUGCUACCGCCGAGCGUACAGCAUUGUCUCUGGAUGAUCUCGGUGCCACUCGUCUAUCCUCGCCUGGAAACAGCAGAGCAAAUUGCCCAGACCGUUGCCACAGGCAAACGAGCUGUGACCGGUGCCUACAACGUUCUGGGCAAGGUGACCAGCUCAGUCGCCGGUGUGGUGGGGGCCAAGGACUUCGUAGGAUCAGGCUUUGAUUCUGUCAAGCGCGCAGUUGGGAAAUCUGGACUCAUGGGUGGCAUCUUGAGCCCAUUCGGUGAACUCGAUCUCAUGGACGAGCUGCGUGAUCAAUGGACGCACGAAUCCAAGGACCUUGAACGAACAUACCUCAUUCGAACUCUGCAGGGAAUUGCCCAUCAGAAGUCUCUCCGCAUGACCUUCCUCUCCGGUGCCGUCAACGUCUGCGGCGCAGGACUCGUUCACGAUCCUUCCCAGCCCUCAGACCACAAGACCAUGUACCAGCUCAUUGCUUCUCCCGUGGUCAACACUCCGCCGCCAUCCUAUGUUGUCAAGCUCCUUCACAGCCACAACAAACCGCUGUAUGUCCCUGCCAACGGCCACCGUUCCUCCGGUCAACCUACCGAUACCAAGGAAGAUAUGAUGGAGAUCUUCCAGACCGAUGUCACCGGCCAGGCCCGUGAGCACCGCAAGCUGAUGGCUCGCCGUAAUUAUGUUGCUAUCGUCGCAUAUGACCCUGACGUUGCCACUGCUCCUACCUUUGGGCAGCCUAUCAUGGCUCAAGGCCAGGGUAAGCUUAGUUUGGCUGCUGAUUUCAUGGUUCAGGGUGAAGGUGCCUAUGCGAACGUGGUCAAAUAUGGACCUGUCAUUGUGCCGAGUCUGGAACACGGCCGCUGA